AAUCCUCUCAUAAACUCGAGGCCUCUGCACCACUAUAUAAACCUCUCUGAUUGAUUUAUUCUUCAUCCCAAGCUCCAUCCUUCAUUCUCUUCUUCAUUUAUCUUGAUUUGCUUCUAUUAGUCUUUUUUUGGUGUUUCAACUAUGGCCACUGUUGAGGUUGUGUCAGCUACACCAGCACACCAAGAGGAGAUUAAAGAAGAAACUAAUAACAAGGCUGAAGAGACAACCAAAGGAGAAGAGGUAGUCACCACCUCCACCGCACCACCACCACCGGUGCCAGCGGAGGCUCCUGUAGAAGAAGCGAAGGAAACAGAGACGGCAGUAGAACCAGAGGAACCCAAAGCUCCGGCAGCUGAAGUUGAGACUAAGGAGCUGGUGGAAGAGGAUAAAGUGGUGCCUGAAAUAGCAGUUGUAGAGGAGAAAGAAGAGGAGAAGAGUGUACCAAAGGUGGCACAAGAACCAGUUGAGGAGGAAGAAACUAAGGAAACUACAGAAUCCACCACUGAGGCGUCGGUGCCGGAGCCGGAACCAGAAGCAGUCACUGAAACCCCAAAAGAUGAUAAAGUUGCUGCUGCUGCUGAAGAAGAAAAACCAGUUGAAAAAACUGAGGAAUAAAAACCUAUAUGGAAGUUUGGCUUGGUGAAAAGUUUGUGAUGUAGUUGUCAAAGUUCAUUUUGAGUAUUUCUAUUAGGUGCAACAAUAAAGAUAUAUAUAUAUAUAUAUAUAUAUAUGUAGUAGUACAUGGGGCUUGGAAUCUAGAAAAUGCAUAUGAUCCUGGCAACUUGGAUUGUCCAACGCCAACUUGCCACGGGGAAAGCAUGCAAUGGAGAGGGUUCAUGCCACGUGGCACAUGGUUAUUGGUUCUAAGUGGGUAGAUUUAGUUGUAUUAUUGUGCAUGUAUGGUUGAGCAAAAUGGGUUAUGCCAGUUUCAAAUAAUAAUAAUGUAUGAUGGUCUAGUGUUUAAUAAUAAGUACUGCUGUUCAUUUUCCUUUCAAA